CUCUCGCAUGCCAUCCGCCGCGCCCUGCGUCGCGUGCGCCGCGGAGACCUCAUCGUACAAGUGUCCGACGUGUCGUUCGCCCUAUUGCUCGGUCGCGUGCUACAAAUCGCACAGGGAGACGACGUGCGAACCGGUGCGCGCGUCGACCGCGCCCGCGGUCGCGGAACGCGCGAACGAGACGAGGGAACAGCCGUCUCGCGCGUUCGAGGAAGAUUCCGAAGACGAACUCGGGACGCGGGCGCGUCGCGAGGAUCUGCAACGCGUCGCCGACGACGCGAGCGUGCGAGAAAAGCUGCGAAGCGAGCGAUUGCGAGAGAUAAUACGAGCGAUCGACGCGGCGAAGGACGGUGAGAAGGCGCUGGCGAAGGCGAGGGAGGAUCCAGAGUUCAGGGCGUUUACGGAGGACGCGCUGAGUCUGUUCGAGCGGUGAGCGCUCGCUGGUGAGGAUCAUGGGGUUCAUGGAUAAGAUGAAAGAGAUGAAGACUAAGGCGAGCGUUAAGGCGGUGGGCAUGCGGGAUCGGGCGAAGGAGAUGAUGAAUUCACCGAGUGGACAGACGGCGCCGCGGUUUUCGACGACGAGUCGCAACGGCGGCGAAGAGUCGGCGACGACGACUCCACCGCCAUCGCCGUAUCGAUACGAGUCGAAUGUCGGGUUAUCUAUGUUAAACGUUAUAGAAUCGCCGGCGCCGGCGUCUCGCGCGCGUGAUGUGCUUGUGGAGCGAUCGAAUGCGGCGGCGGCGACUCCGGAGCGACCCUCGCCGCGGCAACGACAAGAGUC